AUGGGCAUGGGCGACUACCUCAGCACGCAGGCCGAGACGGACCUCAUCAACCACGAGCGGUCGCGCGAGCUCUGGGAGAUGGAGAACUUCCCCGAAGGCGAGAAGGCCGAGAUGAUCGAGCUGUACGAAGCCAAGGGCAUCUCGUCUGAAGACGCCAAGAUUGUCGUCGACACGCUCUCCAAACUCAAGCUCAUGCCCGUCGACGACGACGAGAACCCGUUCAUUGGCGGCCUCAUCACGUUUGGCUCGUUCGUGCUCUUUGGCGCG